UUCUGAAUUAGUCCCUAUGUGUUUGGCACUGUCAAGGGUUAGAGUCCUUGCAGUAGAGAGUCCAACUGUCUAAUCAUGCAUUGUAGUAUUUCCUAUGUCCUGGUACUGUGUGCUCUGCUCCAUCCAGGUAAACCACAAUGCAGUGUGGACAUCACAGAGCGUAAAGAUUGCGGAUUUCCCGGGAUAAGUGCUAAGGAAUGCUAUUCCAGAGGCUGCUGCUUUAAUUCAAAUGUUCCUGGGGGUAAAUGGUGUUUUUACCCCAAAAGCACAGCAAGUGACAAGAAACAAUGUAACGUGGAACCGUACAACAGAAGGGAUUGUGGCUACCCCACAAUAAGUGCUAUGGAAUGUAAGGAGAGGAAUUGUUGCUUUGACUCCAGCAUUCGUGGAGUUAACUGGUGUUUCUACUCCAAGUCGCAAGCAAGUAACCUGAAACAAUGUAACGUGGAACCAUACAACAGAAGGGAUUGCGGCUACCCCACAAUAACUGCUGCGGAAUGUCAGAAGAGGAAUUGUUGCUUUGACUCCAGCAUUCCUGGGGUUAACUGGUGUUUCUUCUCCAAGUCACAAGGAUGCUCUGUGAGGCCCAAGCUGAGGAAAGACUGCGGAUAUCCCAACAUCAGCUCCAAGGACUGUCUGGCUAGAGGCUGCUGUUUCGACUCCAGUAUUCCGGAGACCAUCUGGUGCUUCUAUGGAUAUAAAUAAAAUACUAAUGAUACUCAGUGUAACCGGCUCGUAACAAUCGCCGGAGUCUCCAGACAGACAGCAUCCUGGUUCUUUGUGCUUUUUAUUUUAUUUUCUGAUCUGUAAAUUUGAUUUUAGUAAACUGGAGAGCUGUUCUUUAUUAUUGCUUAUUGAGGUUUAGAUUAAAAUUUGUGAUCAUUUCUGUAAGUGUUACAGCAUUAUAUGUAAUAUUCAUGUUUUGUAGUCAUACUGUAUAUGUGGAUUUUCUUUCGAUACAUUGAUUCCCAACAUACUUCACCCCACACAUCAUAUUUGUAUAAUCAAAUAUAUAAACAAGUCCUUAAUGCA